AAACUGUGUCAGCAUUAAAUAGGACUGUUAAUAAGAUACACAUUAUGGAGUAGAGGUAUCCUUUACCUCUUGGGUUGCACAGCAAAGUUCUCAGCCUGUCCCCAGGUAGAAUGGCUUGUCAGUAGCUUGUUGACAGUAAGGAGCGGGGAGGAGCAGAGCAAAAUUACCACUCCCUAGGAGAGAAGUGGGUAAGCCCCAGGGACGGAGCCGUCAAGGUAACAAGAGAAAGAGAGUGAGCUGGUGUGAAGCAAGGGGCCACUCAGAGCAGGAAGAACAGGCCAGGUGCAGGGGCCGGCUAUGGAAUGAGGGCUGGGCCAUCCAGGUGAAGUGAGGCAGGUAAGAGCAGGAAGAAGGAAAGCAAGAAGCUGUCACGCAGUUUAAACAUCACACUGAAUAUCCAUCGCCCGGGACGCUUCCUUCCAAACACUGGCACCAUUCAUUCUGGAUUUAUCCUUGGUUUGGGUGCUGGCGCCAAAUAUAAUCAAGAGACUGGAGCAUCCUGCGGGCACAGUCCUUGCUACCAUAAAUACUUGUUAAAUAAACCUAGGACUUAAGAGCUUCAAGAGUCAUCAGCGAGUUGACUCUCAGGUGCACAAAACCUGGGCAGUUCCCAGGUCACAUCUAACAGUCCGGCAAUAGGAGGCAAGAAGACAUUAUGCCCAUCUGCCCAUUAAGAAGUUUGUGAAUGAAGCAACACUGACACGACGGUGCCAAGCCAGGUGCGCAGAAGGCGGGCGGCCACCAUGAGGGGUCGCCCGCUCCCCCUGAAGAUGCUGAAUAAGCACAUGUGGCUGAUUGUGGUUGGACUGAUCCUCAUCCUGGGAUUCUUUAUGGUCUUUCUGCAGCUCUCAACCUCUUCUGAUGGCAACCCCAUGAACAGAAGAUACAGCAGCUGGAGUGAGCUCGGCAAAGCUCUGGCACACAAGAACAUUCCAGCUCUUCAUCCAAAUUUAGAGUUUUACAAGCCACCAAAAUCCCACCCUGAGUUCAUGGGUCAGGCCAAUCUGCAUGUCUUUGAGGACUGGUGUGGGAGCAGCAUACAACAACUGAGGCGUAAUCUGCACUUCCCCCUGUACCCCCAUGUGCGCACCACCGUCAGCAAACUCGCUGUGACCCCCCAGUGGACAAACUAUGGAUUGCGCAUCUUUGGCUAUUUGCAGCCAGCUACAGAAGGUGAAUAUCAGUUUGCUGUAUCUUCUGACGACAACGCAGAGUUUUGGCUGAGUAAGGACCACACGGUUGAAAAACUGUCCCUUAUGUGCAGAGUUGGCCCAACAGGGAAACAAUGGACGGCCCCAGGAGAGUUUGGAAAAUUCCAGGAUCAAGUGUCUAUCACAGUAAGGUUGUCGCCAACAGUAAAGUAUUAUUUUGAGCUGUUGCACAAACAAGAUAACGCUGGAACAGACCACGUGGAAGUGGCGUGGCGUCUCACAGAACUCACCUCUCCGUUCAUGGUCAUAGAUUCCCGGUUCCUGUCUCUUUUCUCCAAUGACACAGGGGAUUCCUUGGGCGACACCACCCAAAUUCCGGUCUCAGCGGCUAGCUUUCACAGCGAAGGUUUGGAGCAGCAUCCAGCAGAUAUGCUAAAACCAGACAAAAGGGAUCAUUUUUAUAAAGUUCCACUAAUGACGAAAAAUCGCAUACGUAAUGUCUUGCCAACCUGCUCCUACAAGCCCAGUUACCUGGUGGAAGGAUACCCUCUUCAGCGUUACCAGGGACUCCAGUUUGUUCACUUGACCUAUGUGUAUCCUAAUGAUUACACGCGUCUCACUCACAUGGAGAAGGACAACCAGUGCAUCUAUCAAGAGAACAUGAGACGCUCCAACAGAUUCACAUAUAAAAGAUACAUGAAGAUGGACCAACCAGAACAGAAGCCCAACAUUCAGCCAGGUAUGUUUGAAGAUUAUAACCCUUCAGAUUUUCAAUAUGAGGAGGCACAAGAAUCUGAGAAUAGAGGUGAUGUGCCCAGAAAGAACAGUCUGAGGCAGCAAAGAAAACUUCUUUCUCUUAUAAGUAAAAGAGAACCAGGGAUUUCAGAAAGGUCCAGGGCAGGACCUCACAGAAGAACUGAAUCCAGACAUCCUCAGAAUUGGACUGAAUCCUCUGUGAAUAUUGCUGUUUCUGUAUCUGAUGUCCAAAAUAAGAUGGCUUUCAAUGUACAAGACAAGAUCAUACCAGAUGUGGACAAUGCAAGUCCCACCCUAACAUUUAGCUCCCAAGUGCAUUCUCAGCCAGACACCAGGAAUUCAUCCCAGGUCCGGCGACCAAGAGCAGCACAAGAAAGGCACAGAGACAGAAGAAAGCAACCAGGACGGAGAAGGUUGAAGGAUAACAAGAGCAAUUUAGGAGAAAGUGCUGUAGGAAAAGCAAAGAUGCCUCAAUUUACUGAAAGUACUGCUAAGGCAAUAACUCAAAACAAAAUAGGAAAUGAGCAAGAUCAAAUUUAUCGAAACAAGCAGAUAACUCAAACAACUAUGCCAAACAAGUUGAAGGUUGAACUUAAAACCAAAUAUUCAUGGUCAUAUGAGCCUAAACAAGAAUGGACUAAACAACCUAAAGUGGAAAUGUAUGAAUAUAGAAGGGGAGAGAGAGCAGAAUCAAGGACUGAGGCAAAACUCGAUAAUGCAAGAAACCUGGAAUUAAACUUGAAUGAUGGGAAGAUACAGAAUAUUGCAACCUAUAAGACUGGCAAUCCUGUACCUCAACCAGAAAAAGAGGAAAUGCAGAAGCCUGAACCUAUCAGUGUUUUGCAGUUGGGACGCUUUGACCCAAGAGUCAAUAGACCAGAUCUACAGCUUCAGCGGGUUGAAGAGCAGAACAAUGAAAUUGCAAUUCCUUUGCCUCAACAGGAGGAGGGUCAGAAACCUGAAUUUAUUGAUAUUAGCAGGUUGGGACGCUUUGACCCUAGAGUUAAAAGACCAGACCUUGAACAAGUUGAAGAGCAGAAAAACAUAGUAGAUAUCCCAUCUGAUGCGGUAAGACCUGUUAAUGCCCAGUAUGAUGAUGAUGAUGAUCCACAGGAAGAAGAAGAAGAGGAGGAGGAUGAGGAAGAAGACAUGGAGUACCCAUUGAUUUAUGAACAGUCAGUGAACUGGAAUCAGACGUUCGAUUUUGGUCAGACAGAUUUCCAAAUCAUUCGGCCAGACUCAAUCGAUCUUCAGUGCAACACAUCUGGCAAUUUGUUGCUCCGAGAGAGAGAGGUUGUUGGGGUGGUGGCAGCUUUUAUGCGGAAACUCAACCAAAAGUUCAGAGGGAUGUAUCACCUCCUGAAUAUUAUAAAUGUAGAGAAACGCCGGGAUUACCUACAUGGCAGCCGCUACUUUCUUGAGCUGGAGCUGAAAGACCGUUACGGCCAUAUCCAACGAUUCGCUCACUAUGUCUAUGCUCCCAAGUGGCAGGGCAUCUUCUCUUUGGAUGAUGAGCAAGAGAGAGCAAUGAAAAACAUGAUGUGGGGGUCCUACCGGAGGCUGCUUGGUGCUAACUUUGAACCUGAUUUGUGCUGGCCAAGUGGCCUCAACUGGAACCCACAGGCAACCGUGCAUUUCAUAGUGCCAAUUAAAAACCAAGCCCGUUGGGUGCAGAAAUUUAUCAGAGACAUGGAGACCCUAUACCUGGCCACGCUAGACUCCCGAUUCAAUGUAAUUAUUGUGGACUUCAACAGCACAGACUUCGAUGUGGAAGCUGCACUGAGACAGUCACACGUUCCCAGUUACCAAUAUGUAAAGCUGCAGGGAAGCUUUGAGCGUUCUGCUGGGCUGCAGGCUGGAAUUGAUUUAGUAAAGAACCCGCACAGCAUCCUGUUUCUGUGUGACCUACACAUGCACUUCCCUCCAUCCAUUAUUGACUCUAUGCGCACGCACUGCGUGGAAGGGAAGAUGGUCUUCGCCCCCAUGGUGAUACGGCUGGACUGUGGUGCAACACCUCGUUGGCCUGAGGGUUACUGGGAGGUGAAUGGAUUUGGCCUGUUGGGAAUCUACAAGUCUGACUUGGAUCACAUUGGGGGAAUGAACACACAGGAAUUCAAGGAACGAUGGGGUGGAGAGGACUGGGAAUUGCUUGACAGGAUCAUCCAGGCUGGUCUAGAAGUGGAGCGUGUGGCUAUGAGAAACUUCUACCACCAUUACCAUUCCAAGCGUGGCAUGUGGAACCGUCGACAGGCCCCUAAUUGGAGAUGAUGAACAGACAUCGGGGAGUCAAAAACAUCUUCUGUUUGAGGUCAACAUCUGACCCAACCUUGCUGCUUCCAGGAGCACACAGGAACCUUCUGGAUAACGUCACCAGAACCCAGAAGAGUUGAGCUCAACUUGUGGCCUUGCCCUAUAAAAGUCAUACACUGCCUGUGGAUGUUUGGGAUUAACAUUUGUAUAACUGUUUUUAUAUUCUGGACAGCAGCAAAAGCAGACAGGAAUUUUAAUGAAGGAUGUCCUACGAUGGUGCAUCUUCCGUGGCAUUAUGAUCAUCGUUAUAUGGACAACGAGGAAUCUGUCACUUGAGUUUAUUUGAACCCCGGGGUGUUAGAAGGGGUAAUCCCUUAUGCAAGUAUGAACAAGAAGUGUGAGUAGUAGAUGCUGGGAACAGAUUUGCAGAGGAUGUGGCAAAGCUAGCAAGUUAUAGAGACUUGCUUAUGUUAUUUAUACAAAGGAGGACUGUUUAGUUCUAUAGUCGACUUCACCGACUUCAGCUCUUCAGACAACAGAGAGCCUGUAGGCCUUAGAGAAGAAAGUAAAACAAAUGCCGAAUACAACUCAUAGAAAUCCCAGUGAAUAGAUUGCAUUAUACAUAGGUCUAUUUCAAGCAAAUUUCUAGUUUACUAUAAUUAUUUACUAAUAGUCACUGUUACAGUGAGCAGCUCCUGUUCUCCGUUCUCUCUCUCUUCUCCUGUGAGCUCUUAGAAUUAUAUUUAUAAAGGUGCCCCAGUUAAGAGGCUGUACUGUUCUCUCUAAGUCUACCUGGCAUUCUUCUACUGUAUGUGCUUGUCUGCUGGGCAGGUUAGGGGUUCAUAAGUUCCUUGAGCUGUGGGAAUUAGAGCACCUUAGGGCAAAUAGUACAGUUCUUUAAAGGGAUUUUUAUGGCAUAGUUUUUAUAUCUAAAUUACAGUGUUUACACUGCAUAUAAUUCACUCUACCAUGUAGCA